GCUAUCGUGUUUUCCACAUCAACAAGAACAGCCAUGGGAACUAAAUUGCGCACUUAUUAAAUACAUAAAACUGGUGUGGUCGCAGAAAUUCCUUUUCAAAAUGAUUGUGCAGACCGCAAUUUUAAAAUUGCUUUUAUUAGUCUUCUGUAACGAUGUAACGAGUUUAAUUAUACCAGAAGAGCUUCCGACCAUUUUGUCACUUAUAUAUAGCAAUAUUCCACCGAUUAAGAAAGGAACCGAUUCCAAACUUGGUAUAGGUUUUCGAUUAGGUCAACAUGCCGACUUUCAGGUGUUAAUUGAACUCGGUCCUCAGACAGAAACAGAUCCGAUAGGAACUAAUGAUGCUAAGAGGCGACGAGAUGCAGCGUUUAGUGCCGCGAUGAAAGGAGAGCUGGGAUCAUUGGCACAAACAAUAGCUAAAUAUCAAUUAGAACGUAGUAUCCAGAAAAUGGAUAAACUAAAAACUCUGGACGAGAAACUUAAGACAAUUAAAAUGGAGAAUACAAAAGAUCAGAAGGAUAAUGCAAAAGAUCAAGAAACUGUUUCCAGCGAAUGGCUAACAAAGUGGAGGAAGGAGAUAUGGUUGAAAGAUGAUACAACAUUAAAUUCUACUAAAAAUGGAGAUAAUAAGGUAGUCCAAUAAAGAAUAGAAGAAUCACUAAUUAAAUUUAUUGUUUAAAGAGAAAUUUUUUAACAAAAAUGCGUGUGCGCGUAUACUAAUUAAGUUUUAUAUUUAUAUAUGUGUAAAUUAACUUCGAUAUAUACGCCGCACUCGAAAACUUAAUGUAUUAUGUAUUUAUAUAAAAGCAAAUAAGUUGUAAUAAUAAAAACUGU